GGUAAAGCAGGGAGUGGAGUAAGUAAAGGGAGGCCAGAUCUUAAAGAGUCUGGUAUUGUCUGAGGAUUGCCUGUCACUUCUUAACAGGAGCUGCUGGUCCUAGGGUCCAAUGUGGGUCCAGAAAGGACAGAUUACACCAGAUUUAUCUCAUUUUCUUUUUGGAUAGGGUUACUGGACUGUCAGAUGAGAGGAAAGCAGUGUUUCAGAUACAUCGUGGGUAAGGUGGUAGUCCAGUUCAGUAGCUUCACAGCUGGCUUACUGUUCUCUCACAGGGCUAUUUAAUGAUUAAUAUCUGUCUAAGCAGUGAUUCCUGGUAGCACCUCCCAGCCUUGUCCCGUGAAAUGUUUUUAUCAGUGAUUUGGAUGAGAAUACUGAUGCCAUGUAAACAAAAUUUGCAAAUAACAGGAAGGCGGGAGUGUAGUAAAGACAGUGGAUGAUAAGACCCAAAGAAAGACCUCAACAAACAAACUUUGUAACAAGAGUCCAAACUGGAAGAGUGCCCUAUAAGGUAAUGAGCAACCCAUCUCAGGGUGCAUUCCUGUCUUGGUAAACACAGGCAUAGAAAUGAUUUAAAUGGUAGGAUGGUUUAGACCGGGGGUUAGCAAACUUUUUGUAAAGGGCCAGAGAGUGAAUAUGUUAGACUUUGCAAGCCAUACAGUACAGCUGCAGCUACUUGAUUCUGCCUAACAUGAAAGCAGCCAUAGACAAUAAGUAAAAGAAAGGACAGGGCUGAGUUCCAAUAAGACUUUUGUUUGCAAAAACAGGCAUCUGCCUGGAUUUGGCCUGCAAGCAGUAGUGUGCCAACCCCUGGAUUAAGGAGUGGUUUCCAAACAUUGAUUCACCAUGCAGAACUGCUCAGUAGCUGUUUUUAUCAAUUCAUAGUGAAAUAAGAAAAUUUGGGACAAUGUAGUGGGUUUUUUAUAAAACUAAAUUUAUUCUAUUUAAAUAGUCAUCCUGGAUUUUGAAAUUUUUUGCUGCUAUAAAAUCUUUUUCUUUAUAAAAUGAAGGUUAUAGUGGAUGGCAGUUUUCAGGUUUGUCUUUGCCUAUUAUUAAUAGCUCUACUGACAACUCAGUCUGCAAAUUUCCUUUUUGAAAUGUUAAAAGCCUAUGAAAUGCAAGCGCCUGGGAACCACCAGGGCAGGAGGAUGCAAAAGUGAUAUGCAGCCUCUCACUCCCAUACUCUGUUUCUCUCCAUCCCUGCCUCCUGGGCUGCUGACAGCGGUUGUCGGGGCUGGAAUCGGGGGCUCUGCUGUGGCCCAUUUCCUCCAGCAGCACUUUGGACCCCGGGUGCAGAUCGACGUGUACGAGAAGGGGACUGUUGGCGGCCGCCUGGCCACCAUCUCAGUGAACAAGCAGCACUACGAGAGCGGAGCUGCCUCCUUCCACUCCCUGAGCCUGCACAUGCAGGACUUCGUCAAGCUCCUGGGGCUGAGGCAGCGGCGCGAGGUGGUGGGCAGGAGCGCCAUCUUCGGCGGGGAGCACUUCGUGCUGGAGGAGACCGACUGGUACCUGCUGAACCUGUUCCGCCUCUGGUGGCACUACGGCAUCAGCUUCCUGAGGCUGCAGAUGUGGGUGGAGGAGGUCAUGGAGAAGUUCAUGAGGAUCUAUAAGUACCAGGCCCACGGUUUUGCUUUCUCGGGUGUGGAGGAGCUGCUCUACUCACUGGGGGAAUCUGCCUUUGUCAACAUGACCCAGCGCUCUGUGACCGAGUCCCUGCUCCAGGUGGGCGUCACGCAGCGCUUUAUCGACGACGUUGUCUCUGCCGUCCUGCGGGCCAGCUAUGGCCAGUCAGCAGCAAUGCCUGCCUUUGCCGGAGCCAUGUCACUUGCCGGGGCCCAAGGCAGCCUGUGGUCUGUGGAGGGAGGCAACAAGCUGGUUUGUUCCGGUUUGCUGAAGCUCACCAAGGCCAAUGUCAUCCAUGCCACCGUGACCUCUGUGACCCUGCACAGCACAGAAGGGAAAGCCCUGUACCAGGUGGAGUAUGAGAAUGAGGUAGGCAACAGCUCAGACUUAUAUGACAUCGUGGUCAUCGCCACCCCCCUGCACCUGGACAACAGCAGCAGCAACUUCACCUUUGAAGGAUUCAACCCACCCAUUGAUGACGUCCAGGGCUCGUUCCAGCCCAGCGUGGUCUCCUUGGUCCACGGCUACCUCAACUCUUCCUACUUUGGUUUCCCAGACCCUAAGCUUUUCCCCUUUGCCAGCAUCCUCACCACAGAUUUCCCCAGCUUCUUCUCCACUCUGGACAACAUCUGUCCCGUCAACAUCUCAGCCAACUUCCGGCGGAAGCAGCCCCAGGAGGCAGCUGUUUGGCGAGUCCAGUCCCCCAAGCCCCUCUUUCGGACCCAGCUGAAGACCCUCUUCCGUUCCUAUUACUCAGUGCAGACAGCUGAGUGGCAGGCCCAUCCCCUGUACGGCUCCCGCCCCACCCUCCCAAGGUUUGCGCUCCACGACCAACUCUUCUACCUCAACGCUCUCGAGUGGGCAGCCAGCUCUGUGGAGGUAAUGGCCGUAGCUGCCAAGAAUGUGGCCUUGCUGGCUUAUAACCGCUGGUACCAGGACCUAGACAAGAUCGACCAAAAGGAUUUGAUGCACAAGGUCAAGACUGAACUGUGAGGGCUCUGGGGAGAGCCCGGGAACUCCCAUCCCCCACUGAAGAUGGCUCACACCCCGCAGCCCAGGAUUGAAUGAGCCAAGCUCGCCCACCAAGCCUCUCUCUCUGACCCCUCGGUACCGAGCGUCUUCUCCCUCUGGUGUCGGUCCAGCUGGCCGCUGUCUGCCUAUCUCGAGGAUCCUCAUGGUGGUUGCUUCUUUUUUUUUAAGGGGGAUAGUAAGAAAAGGGAAGGGAAUUCAAGCCAGUAUAUUUGUUUUAUUUAUUUUUCUUAAGAAGAAAUAAAAGUCCAUCUUUUAAAGCUGUUGCUGACUUGGUUUUCUAACUAGGAACUAGGUGGCUGUGGGAGGGAUUAUAAGACAGAGGACUUUGAGUCUAAUUUUUUUACUGUAUUUCACCACCUCCCAAAAUGGACAACCAGUGGAGGCAGCCUACAAGAAAAUGUUUACAACCAGAUGGUUGUAAAUAAAGUAAAAGGGAAAAUCAGAAAACCUCAGAAUGAUUAUAGCUCCUGUUUGCUGUGGGCUUGCUAGAUGUGUGGCAGCUAGUUCAGAACUUACUAGACACCAUUUCCAAGCCUCUCAGCAACACUGCAUAUUGGAGGAGGUGACUGUGGUAGGACCCAAGGAAGAUGUGUGCCUCAACAGGGCCAUCAGUAUAGCUUCAAGCUUCCCGGCAACCAGAGGGAAAAGAGAAACAUAUCAGGCUAUAGGAGCAGGGAAACUUCUCCUUGGCACCUGGAGGAAUUGACCAGUCUCUUCCUCAUGCAAGGGUUGAGGAGUAAUACAAUGGAUUUGUCUUGCAGAGAAGGCAAGUCCACAGGCAUAUAGAGCAGUCCUAUCUCACCCCCAAACAUUCACUCCAGCAGAAGGAAAAGAGAGAAGGUAUUGGGAUGGAGUUCAAAGAUUAACCUGGUGCUUUCUCCUGUGACACUAGCUUAAAAGGAGAGGAAGAUUAUGCUUUGCUUUGCUUUUUCUACAAACCUUUAAAGGUCAGUAGUUUUAGAAAAGAAAGUAAAAGCCCUUUCCAUUC